GCUCGGGAUCCGAAAUGUCGACCCACCACCGCCCCGCGACGGGCUCGCACUCCGCACUUCGACGAUCGAGCUGAGGCGAGCUGAGGCGCCGAUGCAUCGACAAAUUCGCGCGGACAAUGAGGGCUGGAUCAGCUGACGGCAGCGGCAGCGGCAGCGGCGCUCCGUGAGAGCUCUGAGCCGAAUCGAAUCGAACCGAAGCUCGAACUGCAUCGCGAGCGAGUGCCUAUGGCAGCGGAGUGAUCGCGAGCCCGAGCGAGCGAUCGAGGGAUCGAGCGAGGGGAGAGAUGAUGGCCUUCCUGUGCUUCUUCUGCAGAGAGACCGACGUCCUCGAGUGGCACGACGUGGAGGACGGCGUCCCGACGCUCGACGCGCCCACGCCCGCGUCCCGGCGCCGGAGCUGCGGCGCCAGCGGCAGCGGCAGCGGCCUGCGAGUACCCAGCGGUCAGUCCUCCAGCCCUUCCUCGUGCAGAAUCGUCGCCCAACCCCUUGAACCCUUCGAACCCUUCGAACCCAGCGGGCAGAGGCCCCCGCGGCCGGUCAACAAGCGGUCCCGGUCCCGGUCCGCAGGGAACAAAGGCGUCAGGUUUCUCAAGGUGGACAUCCGGCUGCCGCGCCAGGAAGGCGCUCCUCUGGGCAGCAAGAAGGUGAUCCGCCUCGUCAAAAUCGACGUCCGGCCGCGCCCGAACGACGCUCCGGGCGCUGGCUUCGCCUCGAGCCCCAGCGCCGGAUGGCCUUUCAAGCAGCAACAGCAGCAUCGCCCGAAGGCGCAUUCGAGGAGGGAAAUUCGCGACGGAUCCGAGUCGCCCGACGUGGGGUUCUUCAACAGCCCGAGUCGAGAUUGGGCCAGAAUUCUUCGGCUGAGCCGGCCGCAGCAAGAGAUUCAGGAGCAGCUGGAUGUGGGAUUCUUCGCCAGCCCCAGUGGCGGCGGUGGGUGGGCUUUCAAGCAACAGCGUCCCACUCGGUCUCGGCAAGAGAAGUUCGAGGCCCCCUCGAGCUCGUUCGGUGCGAGCCCCAGUGCGGUUUGGGGUGGUGGCAGUAGCAAGCAACGCCGCCAUCGGUCUAGGAAGGAAAUUUACGAUAGGCCUAGCAGUUCCAGUGGAGGGAGGAGCAGCAGCUUGCAGAGCCCGAGUGGGCCUCGACAGGAAAUUCAGGACGGACUCGAAUCUCCUGAUACAGGGUUCCUGAGUAGUCCUGUUGGAGGUUGGGCGACUCGACAUCGUCCUCACUUGUAUAGACGGCGACACGGGGCAUCCGGAGAGAUCAAGCCAGCUGGGUGACGUAUCACCUGGAGAUAGGUAGAGCCUGCAAAGCUUUGUAAGAGUAUGUGGUUUGUCCUAGAAUGUGCUCCGAAGUCUUGUUUCGUCUCGAUGUAAAUAGAUAGAGUCCGCGGAUGCGUUGUCCCAAUUAGGCCUCUUAUCGAAGUGGCAAGACCUUUCGAGCACAUUCUACGACAGAUUCUAAACAUGGAUUUUCGAAAGGGCCCGAACCCUAAGUUACGCAGUACUAGGAGUCAACACCGACAGUGGCUCGCGAGGACUGCGAGUUAUCUGAAGAAAUCUGUUCACUAGAACCCGAACCGCGGCGACCUCUUUGGCAUUGUAUGCGCUCAUCGUUACUGGUUGCUAGAUAUAUAUCGCAAAUCUUGCCAAUCUCGUAUAGAAUAUCUGUCGGUGGCAUAGAAACACUUUAGUAUCACGGGAGUUACUGCACCCAAAUUCCUCCUCGUCUUGUAGUGAUCGAUGUUCUCUACUCGCGGUCUUGCAUCAUUCACACAAGAACCCAUUUAGGCAAUUUCUCAGAAUUUCUUGUCCAUAUACAUUUUACGAGGGUACAGUGUACAUUCACACAUUAAGAGGGUGUCUCUUUGUACACCUGAAUAGAGACGAGAAUCUUAGCAAGGGUCCUUCGUGUUGUACUUUCAGUUUCUGUCUGCCGACAGAUUAGAUGUUCAGUGUUUCCUGAGACCUUGUAUCUUGCAUGCAUUUGCAAUGUGGUUCUAACUGAGUCCCAUCCACAGAUUUCUAAAUGCGAUUGUUCGACUCGGUCGAGAUUACCAGCUUGAACGUAUAUGUCUUAAACAGCAAUGCAUGUUUCACUUGUACAAAUAGGGUUCACUCUGAGAUAGACCUUCCUUCGGGGCAAAUACACCUUUUCUUCAGAGAUUACCGGUUGGGAUAAUUGAAUUUCAUCAUUUGUGAUGUUGCAUCUAUCUUGACGUCUCUUUAUCUAACCCUCGACUGGCUGUACCUUCGCUUGACAGCAGUUCUUAGUAUGCAUGUACCCGAGUCUAGUGAAUGGCAGAUGUAUCUACCAAGAGCUUAUUUGACCUCGAAACUGAAGUCAUCAGGAGGUCGAACUUGGGGCUGCGUACAUUCUGUGCUGUUCACUUUGCUAAAUCAAUUCGUGAGCUGAUGGAUGUCAACAUGGAAGUAGUAGAAAAUUAGAUAGGAAGAGUAAAGUGCUGAUCUUAGGGAUUCCGGUCUUCAGACUUUCAGCUUAUGAGUCUUAGAAUCAAGAACAGCGUCAGCAACUCUCUGGUAGCAGGGAGAUAGUGAGUCUCAUUGGUUAUUGCAAUCCUCUCUCUUAUUGGUUGAUCACAACCACAAAUUCGCUUAUUUCUCUUGUGCCUAGUGAUGUUGUGUGAUUCUCUACGUUGGGCUGCUCAGAUAACAAACCAGCCAGCUGACUGUGUCUUCAUACUCUUCAGAGGAUGGGACUUGAAAUCCAUGCUGGUUCGAUUCACUUAAGUAGUCAUCAUUCAUAUGCCAUUGCUUAUAAAACAUGGACGACUGUGAAUUUUGGCAACGG